AAUUCCGGAGAAAGCGCCUGGGAGGCCGGGAAGAGCGGGCGCGUCCGGCACGCCUGCAGGCGGCGGAUCUGCUCGCACGGGGUGCCCAGCGGCGUUUUGUAGGAUCCGGUGUCCCAGACCAGCCAGAGGGAGCAUGGCCGAGCAGGAGCCCACCGCGGAGCAGCUGGCGCAGAUCGCCGCCGAGAACGAGGAGGACGAGCACUCGGUCAACUACAAGCCACCGGCCCAGAAGAGCAUCCAGGAGAUCCAGGAGCUGGACAAGGACGACGAGAGCCUGCGCAAGUACAAGGAGGCCCUGCUGGGCCGCGUGGCCGUGUCUGCGGACCCCAACGUCCCCAACGUCGUCGUGACCCGCCUGACGCUGGUGUGCAGCAGCGCCCCGGGCCCCCUGGAGCUGGACCUGACAGGUGACCUGGAGGCCUUCAAGAAGCAGUCCUUCGUGCUGAAGGAGGGUGUAGAGUACCGGAUAAAGAUCUCCUUCCGGGUGAACCGGGAGAUCGUGUCCGGCAUGAAGUACAUCCAGCACACGUACCGGAAAGGCGUCAAGAUCGACAAGACCGACUACAUGGUGGGCAGCUACGGGCCCCGGGCCCAGGAGUACGAGUUCCUCACCCCCAUGGAGGAGGCGCCCAAGGGCAUGCUGGCCCGCGGCAGCUACAACAUCAAGUCCCGCUUCACGGACGACGACAAGACGGACCACCUGUCCUGGGAGUGGAACCUCACCAUCAAAAAGGAUUGGAAGGACUGAGUCUGGCCCGGGAGGCGGGCAGGGAGGACAGACGGAGGGAUGUGCGCACCCCCGCCCCGCCCCGCCCCACCCCCCAUACCAAAGUGCUGACGGGCCCCUGCCCACCUGCCCUCGCUGCCCCGGUCUGCCGCCCCCAGCCCACAGGCCCCGGCCUCCUGGAUAGUCUAGUGUCGCUGCUGCUUCCGCCUGUGCCGUGGGGGUGGAGGCUGCGGCUCAGGCCUCCCCUCCCACGCCAGACCCCUCCAGGGCCCCCCACUUGUCCUCACCCGACCAGAGGCCCUGGCUGUCCCGAGUAGGGGGUUCUGUCCCCGCUCUGGGGGGUGGGGUGGGGGAGGGCGCAUGAUGCAGAGCCCGGGGGGCCGGGCACCCUCCAGCUUGCACCCCCUGGUCAGCUCACCCAUCGCUGUCUGUACCUGUCUAACCAUGAUGCCUUAACAUGUGGAACGUGUGCUGUGGGGGCCGUCACUGACCUCUGACCCCUGUGUCUGCAUGAGCAUGUGGUCUCCCCCGGUCCCCGCCGCCCCGGACGCAGCCCUGCGGCCGGGGUGGUGUGGGACGUGCUGCUGCUGCUCCCGGGCUGCCCGGCCUGGCCAGCCCCUCUCCCCUCUCCCCUCUCCCAGCCAGGCUGUGGGGGACAGCUCCAGGGGCCUGGGGAAAGCCAAAUUGCCAAAACCCAAGUGGCCUCCAGUCCCAUCCGAGAGGCUGGGUGAUCUUACGCCUUUGCUUUCUCCGUCCCAGCGGGCAGCGCCCAGACCCAGAGCCCCCGGCCCCAACAAAGCCCUCGGCGGACACAGCCGGCGGCCGAGCCUCACUUGUCCUGCCCGGGCCCUCGGGCCCGGAGGGGCAUGCCUGGCCUGCCAGCAUUUAUUGCCUCCACCUGUGCCGUCCUCUGGGCCAGCCGGCCUGCCGCCUCUGCCCCCAGGCCCCAAGCCACCACCCCCGCCGGGCCCUCCCUGGACCCAGCCAGGACCACUGUGGGACCAAGCGUGCAUGGGCGGAGCUGCCCCAGUGCCUCCUCCCAGGUCGGGCCCGGGCUGGGGUGCACAGGAACCCGUCCCUGCUUCUCCUCCGCUGACCGGGAAAUAAACUCCCCCGAAG